AUGUCAGUUUAUAGUGAAGAGGCGAACGAUGAGGAACUUAUAGAGAAGAUGGUUCUUUAUUUUAAAAAUAAUUUAAACGAGUUCAUCUGUGUGGCCAAAGACCAUCAUCCUAUAUUACCCUCUAAAAAAAAUAACACGGUUGGGCGUGUAUCCAACUGCUUUUUUCAGUUCAAAUCUGUUUUCAACAGAUUUGCAACUUCUAGGUCAAUCCCUGGUUACAACAAUCAGACAGUGCUGUCAAAAUCCCAAUCAAUGCUGUGGAAGCAAUUCUCAGCCAAUGAAAAGGAACCUUUCAUUAACUUAUAUAAUACUGCUCAACAGCUUUUUAAUGAAGAGUUUCCAACCUACAAAUACCAACCAAAACGAGACAAAUCAAUCCUAAAAGUCCGUUCUAUGAGCCAUAAAGUCCACAAACGAACCUCAAAAAAGUCAAAGACUAUAACACCCACCACCACACCCACAAUAGACACCCGGCACGAUCUUACCGAUUUUGAGCAGCAAUGUCAAAAUAUUGAUUUUUUUUCUAAUUUCAUGAACAUGUAUGACGAUAACUAUGUGAUAGGGGAAUUGUUUAACAGCAGCUUCACGCCAAUUUAUAUGUGUUCGGAUUUUUAA